CCCCGCCACCGCCCAUCUGCUGAGACUAGUCGCGGAGGGCUCUGGGCCCCGGGGUGACAGCGGCUGGCGGAGGAGGAGAAGGGAGCCUAUGAGGUUAUGGUGACUCCUUGAAAACCAUAUAGCCGACUUGCAGCUGAUGAAAUCAGCCGGUCAGCCAACCAGCCAUGUCUUACACUCCGGGGAUCGGUGGGGACCCUGCCCAGCUGGCGCAGCGCAUCUCCUCUAACAUCCAAAAGAUCACACAGUGCUCUGUGGACAUACAAAGGACUCUGAAUCAACUUGGAACACCUCAAGAUUCACCAGAAUUGAGGCAACAGCUGCAGCAGAAGCAGCAAUAUACCAACCAACUUGCGAAAGAAACAGAUAAGUACAUUAAAGAGUUUGGAUCACUGCCCACCACCCCCAGUGAACAGCGUCAAAGAAAGAUCCAGAAGGACCGGUUAGUGGCAGAAUUCACAACAUCUCUGACAAACUUUCAGAAGGCCCAGAGGCAAGCUGCUGAGAGAGAGAAAGAGUUUGUCGCUCGAGUGAGAGCCAGCUCCAGGGUAUCGGGUGGUUUUCCUGAAGACAGCUCAAAAGAAAAGCAUCUUGUGUCCUGGGAAAGCCAAACACAGCCUCAAGUGCAGGUUCAAGAUGAAGAAAUUACAGAGGAUGACCUCCGCCUUAUUCACGAGAGGGAGUCUUCAAUCAGGCAGCUGGAAGCUGAUAUUAUGGACAUUAAUGAAAUAUUCAAAGACUUGGGAAUGAUGAUUCAUGAGCAAGGAGAUGUGAUUGACAGCAUAGAAGCCAAUGUAGAAAGUGCAGAGGUACACGUUCAACAGGCGAACCAACAGCUGUCGAGAGCAGCAGAUUAUCAGCGCAAAUCCAGGAAAACCCUUUGCAUCAUCAUUCUUAUCCUCGUGGUCGGGAUUGUGAUUGUCUGUCUCAUCAUAUGGGGACUGAAAGGCUGAAUCGGGAAGGAAUGGACCGCUGCAUGACGUCGUCUAGGUUAUGUAGGCAGAUUCUCACGAUCACUUUCUACCAUUAUUAAGGCUGUGGUGUAAAGGAUGGUCCCUAUCAUACUAUGUCAUUUUUGUUGGGGGAAGGAGGUUCUUUUGGAUUCGAUCUGAUAAUUUCUAAUUCUGAAGGUUUUUCUAAAUACCAUUGCUGGUAUAGCAUCCAUGCUUUUUAGUUCAAUGACUGUUGGAUUUUGCUCACAUUGUGUAUGAUGUUCAUUUAUAACUUAUUUAUAUUGUUUGACUGAGUUUGGGGGAUUAUUUGAUUGGUAGGUGUAUUCUGCUUGCACCCCUGCAUUGUGUAACAUGAACCAGACUGUGCCAUCUACUUUUUAAAAUUCAGGUUUAAAUUUGAUUUGUCCAGCCACUAUUCUCAGUAUCAAAACCAUAUCAUACCUACUUGUGUGCCAAUCAUUAUUUAUCUUUCAUUAUCAGAUUGCAUUUGUCCUCUCUGACUAGAACCCAUGAACCAGUUCCGAGUGUGUAUAUACAUUUCUGAGUAUUGUGUAGGAAAGAUGGAUAGGAUAGAUUGUCUUCACAUGUGGGCUGCUCAGUUCGAUGUGUCCUGAGGAGUGCAUAGGGACUGGAAUGUUUGGUGUAACUUGGAGGAAUUGCCUGAAAAAUCUCCACCCAUAUCUAUUCUGUUUAGAUGCUAAAGAUUCCAAUUUCUUAUUCACUGCACAGUCUUCAUACUGUGGUUCUGCGUUCUACAGAAUACUGAUUAGAUGUGUAUCUUUGAGUCAUCAUCACAAAGUAACUUUCCCCCACUUGCAGAUUUGGGACUUAAUUUUUGCACAAGUUUUGACACUUAAAUUUAUAGUUUAUUUAGAGUGUCAUUCUGUUUUUUUUUUUUACCAUAUUUUAUUAGAAUAAGAAUCAGAUGUCUGCCAGUGAACUCACUUGCCUUUUAAAAUCAAUGUUGAAUGCUGUAAUCUGAAUGCUGUAAAAGGGGUUAUCUUGUUUAACAUUUGUGUUUUCAUAAUGUCAUGUUAUAGCAGUUUGCUAGUGAAGGCGUCGUUUAAUGUGGCAGGCUCUGGAACUUUUAAAUGGGAACAAGUGAAAUAGUAACUAAAUAAUUGUAUCCUUGCAAGCAGAAUAAAGAUGAUUUCGGAGAUGCCUUCUAACUCUGACUCCUGGGGACUCCUUUUGUGCGACUUGGGUUCCCUCACAUUCGCUGCUGAAGAAAACACGUGUGCUUUGUGGGGACAUGGUCCACAUUUCUGGAUCACUGGUUAACGUUUUGAAUUUCUGAGUAUUAAAUGAGUCAUUUACUAAUAAGUAGAAGUUGCCUCACAUCUCAGUAUAGCUUUCUUUGUUCGAUAAAAGCGACAGCAGAAAAUGGUUUUGUGAGAGAUUGGUGGGAAUGCGGAGGUUUUUCUGGUGCUAGAGUCAGACUGCUUCAGCCUCCUACAACAUCAUGGUUAGUAUGGCCAAUCCAAGGAGAGUUCGUGCAGAUGCUGCCAGGUCAGUGCCUGCCCCCCAGGCCUGGUCCCACGUGGUCUUCUCUCCCAGAUGUGCCUGGAGCAUGCGCUGUGCCAGCCAGAGCUGCCCUCUUGUCGUUAGAGAGUUUUAGUGGCAUCUGUGAACAGGUUUGUGCCAACUUUCCUUGCUAACAAAGUUUGUUUUCAUGUAGCCCAUGCCCGUUUUCUGCUGUGCCCUUCAUAGCGAGUGCCCCACAACAGCAGAGCGCUUUCAAAAGCUGGGUGUCACCUUAGCCACUGUACUUAAGAUUUGAUCUUAAGUUAUUGCUUUAGAUGGGUCCUUGAACAGUGAUCUAAGACAGCAACCUUAGCUGCUUGUAUUCUUCUAUAGAGCACUAAUUUGAGGAAACAUUUACAAGAUAUUUGGAACAUAAAACCUAGUUUUGACUGAAAAAAAUUUAAACACAAAAUAUAACAGAAGAGCUAAUUGAGAAACCAAAAAGCUGGAUGAUUCCCUCGGGCCAGUUUUAGAAUUCCUCUGAAAUGUUGUCUUAAUUUUUUUUUAUUAUUGAGAAUUUCAUAUCAACAUACAAUGAAAUCUGUUGUAUGUCAUAUUUAUCUGCUCCACUAACUGUGCCCAUAUUCUCUUCAACAUGUUUCCAUCCCAACUGUAUGUGGUUUUUUCAUUAUUCAUUUUACUUAAUUUUUUAUAGCUCACAAAGUCCUGUUAGGUACAGAUGCGUGAGUGCGGAGCCCUCUCUGGGAGCAUGGAAUUCUACCCAUGACCACAUCCUUAUCAAAGAUCACCUCCACCCCUAGCAACUAUAAGCUGCCACUAACUUCUCAGUAAGGGGUGGGAGGUGGAGAUCGACCAUCCUGCCUGUGGUAGUUUGGCGGGCUUGAUCACGUGCCACUCUCGUGCAGGGGUUCCCAGCUGCUGUGAGUUCACAGGUAUAGUGUGUCCAGAGCACAGCAGUGCACAGCUUCCCUCCCGUCUUCUGGCUCUCACACUUCAGCGCAUCUUCACACUGGAAACUAAAGUGAGAGCUUUUGAUGACUGAGUAUGCCUGGAUCUUAUUAAAGCUGAAGGAUUUCUCCCACUGAGUGCCAUGUUGUUCAGUGUUCUCACACGGGACUGAGUGAGAUUACCUGGCCUCUUAAAUUGAAUGACAGUCUCACAUUAAAGUGUUUAGGUUGUUAAAAUAUAAUAAAAAAUACAAUUUUGCAGAAGAGUUGAUAGUGAAAGAUUAAGUGUUCCCUUUGAAUAUAGUGCACUGUUUUUCAGUGGGAAUGGUACCUCCUGUUAUAGAUGUGGACACAAUCGGGGAGAAGGAUGGAACAAGAAGCCACAAGCGCUGUCUGGAGGAGGUUGCCUGAGCAUGCCAAGACCACAACAGCAUUUGUAGAGGUGACUGCUAACACCACGCCUCGAAGAUAUCACCCUUGGGGCUAGUCAUGGUCCUCACCACUUUUGGUAAAAUUUUGUACCCAGAAUGUUUUAAAUAUUGACAUGUUUAGAUAAAUCUCUAAUAAAAACAAUAUGUCUCAGUUCACUUUUGGCUCAUGAAAUGGGUUUUAGCAAAAA